CACCGGUUCAUUAGUUCGCGCGGCGAGUGUUUAUUGUUUGUAUUGCCCGUUGUCACUUGCAUUUCUGUCCACUGUUUGGUUUUUCGAAAAUUAUUGUUGAAUUCGUGUUUAUUUUUUGUCCAACAGUGAAAAUGUCUGAAGAAUGUCCUAAUAGCCAAAAGAUGGAGUCACCUGUGAACCAUAAGCGAAGGGACUACCUUCACUGGGAUGACUACUUUAUGGCCACAUCCCUGCUCUCCGCAAAGCGUAGCAAAGAUCCGGUGACGCAAGUGGGUUCCUGUAUAGUGGACUCACAGAAUCGUAUAGUGGCCAUUGGCUACAAUGGAUUCCCCCGAAACUGCAACGACGACGAGUUCCCUUGGUCAAAGGCCAAAAAGGGGACACAGGAUUAUGAUCCUCUGAAGGACAAAAAGAUGUUCGUAGUGCAUGCGGAAGCCAAUGCGAUUCUAAACAGCAACGGCAUGAGUUUGACUGGAACUCGUAUAUAUACCACACUAUUCCCUUGCAACGAAUGCGCCAAACUCAUAAUCCAAGUGGGCAUUUCUCAAGUUCUCUACUUGUCCGACAAAUAUGCAGAAAAGCCCACGUACCAGGCUUCCAAGCGGAUGUUAGAUGCAGUAGGAGUGGAAUAUAAACGACACCUCCCUCAACAGAAGAGUAUCAUUAUUGAUUUUGACAAUGUUUUGGAGGAAGAUCCAAACACAUCGCUUGGUCUCAACGAUCUCCACUUGUGAUGUAGUCUUAGGUGCACUAUAUAUCAAUUUUAUUAUUUAUUUAAGGGAUUGACAUGGUUUGUAAAUUAAAUUAUAAAUAAAAUGUGUAACCAAAAACUAAAAAAA